AUGUCAGAUCAACAAAGCACUGAGUCUGUGAAGCACACUGAGGCUAAUGAACAACUACCAGUCGAACAACAAGUAGAAAGUUUGGAACAACAAGAGGUUAAAGAACAAAAAGGACCAGCUGUUGAGGAAGAAAAGCAAACUACUAUCGAAGAACAGCCAAAGGAACAAACGGAGGAACAACAAGAACAACAACAACAGCCACAUUCAGGCCAGCAAACUCAACAACAAAAGGGAAAUGAUCAGGCGGUAGAUACGAAUCCAGCAAGUGCAGUUGAAGGUGGACGUGAAGUUUCCAACAAAAUCUUGUAUGUUGGAGGUUUGCAUAAAUCAGUUUCAGACGAAAUGUUGAAGGAUUUAUUUGCAGUUGCGGGUGCAAUCCAAUCUGUUAAAAUAUUGAAUGAUAAGAACAGACCAGGAUUCAAUUAUGCUUUCAUUGAGUUUGAAAAUACUCAAUCUGCAGAUAUGGCUUUGCACACACUCAAUGGAAGAAUUAUCAAUAACUCCGAGAUAAAAAUCAAUUGGGCAUAUCAAUCUUCAACCAUCAGCUCAUUAAAUCCAGAUGAACCAACCUUCAAUAUUUUUGUGGGUGAUUUAUCACCAGAAGUUGACGAUGAAACUUUAAAUAAGUCAUUUUCUAAGUUUCCAUCUUUGAAACAAGCCCACGUUAUGUGGGAUAUGCAAACCUCAAGAUCUAGAGGUUAUGGUUUUGUAAGCUUUGGUCAACAAUCAGAUGCUGAGUUAGCUUUACAAACAAUGAAUGGUGAAUGGAUUAGUGGUAGAGCGAUCAGGUGUAAUUGGGCUUCUCAUAAACAAUUGAACAAUAAUAAUAAUUAUAGAAACAACAACCGUCAUCAUCAAAAUAACCGUCAAUUUAGACCUUUUAACAAUGCAAUGCCUCAACAACUUCAAAAUCAAAAUAAUGGAAUGCCUGUCGGAAAUGGUCAAUUUAAUCCAAACCAACAAGGUAAUAUGCCCCCAUCUCAGCAACAACUUCAUAAUGUUUCUCAAGCAAAUAAUUCGAAUAAUGGUAAUCAGGCAAAUAUUCCAGUAAUGUCUCCUCAGUCAUACGACAUUGUUUUAAGACAAACCCCUUCAUGGCAAACUACUGUGUAUUUGGGAAAUAUCGCUCACUUUACACAACAAACAGACUUGAUCCCAUUGUUACAAAAUUUCGGCUUUAUCGUUGAUUUCAAGUUCCAUCCUGAAAGAGGUUGUGCAUUUGUUAAGUAUGACUCCCAUGAAAGAGCUGCUCUUGCGAUUGUUCAAUUAGCUGGCUUUACUAUCAAUGGCAGACCAUUGAAGUGUGGUUGGGGUAAGGAUAGACCUCCAAUGGGUCAAUUCCAGAACUUCGCAAGAGGUGUUCCACCACCACCAAUGUACAAUCAAGGUAGACCAUAG